UUCCUUUUCUUUAAAAAAAACAAGAAAAUUAAAUUUAUUAAUUGACUAGUUUGUUCUUAAGAGGGUGGCAAACUAGCAAUGGCUUCUCAUAGUUUAAGUAGUUUAAGCUUGAAUACGCUAGUAUCUUCGAAACCCCAAUUAAGACUUCUUCCAAAAUCAACCAUUUUAUUAACUUCCAAUUUAAUAAACAAAUUUUCUGGAAAAACAUUAGCAAUUCGUGCAAUGGGUUCUUCUGCUUCUUCUCCAAAACCAGACAGUUUUCAAGAGACAGGCCAAAAAGACUAUUCUUCUUUAACUGAAGAAGACUGGAAAAAGCGCCUAACCCCAGAGCAGUUCUAUAUAUGUCGUCAAAAGGGCACUGAACGCGCUUUUUCAGGGGAAUACUGGCGCACAAAAACACCUGGAACUUAUCAUUGUGUGUGCUGUGACACCCCUUUGUUCGAAUCAUCUACCAAAUUUGACAGCGGGACUGGUUGGCCAUCCUAUUACGCACCUGUAGGAAACAAUGUUAAGAAAAAGAUGGAUUUGUCAAUCAUCUUCAUGCCCCGAGAGGAAGUACUAUGUGCAGCUUGUGAUGCUCACCUUGGACAUGUGUUUGAUGAUGGUCCCCCUCCAACAGGAAAACGUUAUUGCAUCAACAGUGCUGCACUGAAGCUUAAACCGAAGAACACCUCCGAAUGAGGCAUUGAGCUGAUUCAGAACUGAGAAAGUGGCUUGUACACUUGAGCUUGUUUAAGUCUAAUUUGUAUAUCCUCGGGUUGUUGGAUUCAUAUCGAGUACAUCUUUGUAGAUAUAAGACUAUUGAGAAGCAUGUUUUAUAGAAAAACAAUGAUUUUUUUCUUUUUGGAAGGCAUAGAAAAAUAAUGUUUAUUUACCCAUAAAUUUGUGAAAUUGCUGUAAAGCUCUGAAUUAGAGUGUGUUGGCUGAUUGUGAAAAUAUGGAACAUAGGAUUUUUUGUUGAA